AUGGUUGCAACAACAAAGGACGGAGAAAGAGUGAACGCUCCGAUGGGAGAUACUGAGCCUGAGCCGGCUAGAAUGGGCUCCAUCCGAUUCAUAACUGCAUUACAGUCUCAGUUGAGUAACUUGAGGAAAGAACCAGAGAGGGGAUUGAUGUAUGUGGACAUCUCAGUAAAUGGGAAAACCUCUAAAGCUCUAGUCGACACAGGGGCCACAGAUACGUUUAUCUCUCCUGAGGAAGCGGAGAGAUGUAAGUUGAUUGUCACCAAGGAGGUGGGACAAAUGAAAGCAGUUAACUCUACCGCUUCAAUGAUAUGUGGAGGUGUGAAGAGGGUCAGUAUCAAGCUUGGGUCUUGGGAAGGAAGUGUAGAUUUCACUGUUUCCCAUAUGGAUGAUUUUGAUGUGGUAUUAGGGCUCGAUUUUAUGAUGGCAGCCCAGGUGAUUCCUGUUCCGGCAUCAAGUUGUUUAAUGUUCAUGGGGGAGCAGCCAUGUGUGGUACCAGCUAUGAUUCUCCCUCGUCCUGGGAAGAAGAUAUUGUCCGCUAUCCAAUUUAAGAGAGGGGUGAAAAAGGGGGAGCCCUCCUUUUUAGUCUUUCCAAUUUCCAAAGAGGAUGACAAUCUUGGCAUGGUGCCCAGGAAUGUUCAAGAAGUGCUGAGAGACUUUGAGGAUGUAAUGCCGGGUGAAUUGCCGAAAGAGUUGCCCCCUAGACGGUUGGUGGACCAUGAGAUUGAAUUAAUUCCGGGAGUAAAACCUCCUGCGAAAUGCCCAUAUCGGAUGAGUCCUCCGGAGUUGGCAGAGUUGAGGAAACAAUUGGAUGAGUUGCUCCAAGCAGGAUUUAUUCGACCCUCGAAGUCACCUUUCGGGGAGCCUGUGUUAUUCCAGAGAAAACAUGAUGGGAGUUUGAGAUUAUGUGUUGAUUAUAGAGCAUUAAACAAAGUGACUGUCAGGAAUAAAUAUCCCAUUCCGUUGAUUGCCGAUUUGUUCGACCAGCUGAGUAAUGCUAAGUAUUUCACGAAGUUGGAUCUCAGGUCGGGAUACCAUCAAGUGAGAGUGGCCGAAGGGGAUGAGCCAAAGACGACAUGUGUAACUCGGUAUGGAGCAUUUGAAUUUCUUGUUAUGCCUUUUGGACUAACCAAUGCUCCCGCUACUUUCUGUACUUUGAUGAACCAGGUGUUCCAUGACUAUCUCGAUAAAUUCGUAGUCAUCUACUUGGACGAUAUAAUGAUUUUUUAG